CAAAUCAAUUGACUAAAGUGAAAGAUAACUACACUGAUACAGUGCUUAUCAAUUUAAUUACAUUGGUAUUUUUCUGCACUGAUGUGACGUCGUUGUAAUAUCCGGGGGUCAUUCUUGGCUCGUGACUCCUUCACAAUAUCCAAAAAUAUUAUAUUCUUUUCUUUGUAACUUUUUUUUUAAUUCUUCCCUUGCCCUUUAUGACUCUUACGACUCCAACUUACCCCAUCACCACCCAACUUCCUCUUCGUCUUCCCGUAAACACCACACAAUGCCGCCAUGAGUAGUAGGAUAUUUAGGCCGUUGCGGUGUUUCCACACACCCAAUGCCUCGAUCAUAUCAAGGCGCAACGUCCUCAGACCAUUAGCUUGUUACUAUUCUUCACAUGCUGCAGACACCACUCCAGUAUCUUCUGACCAAAAAUGGUCCCAUCCUCCCAGUACUGCGACAGUAACGGACGACGAGAUUGCCGACCUCACCAACAAGCACCAACACCCGCUAAGUCUCGCUGAUCUGGUCAAACACGGCCGUCCUCCCCUAUCGGCCGAAGCCCUCUACUCUUCAGCCAACUUCACGCUAUCUCUCUUGCCAAUUCGGCUGGCGCACCGCAUUCAGGCAUUACGAAACUUGCCUUACAUCGUGGUCUCUAAUCCCAACAUCAGCAAGAUCUACCAGAACUACCUGCAUUCGCUGUCGACCUUGCUUCCCUGGAGGCACCGUACUAUUGCGAAUCUCGAUGCUGGGAUACGCUUUACUUCGGUUCUUGCCGAGCUUGUCCAAACACACCAAGACACCAUUCCUAUCCUAGCAAAAGGCUUCCUCGAAUGCCGCCGCUACAUAUCUCCUCGCGAGGUUACCCGCUUCCUCGACACUCACCUGCGGACUCGUAUCGGUACCCGUCUCAUAGCCGAGCAGCACAUUGCUCUUCACUAUAGCAGUCUGCCACACUUUGACCCUUCCGCUUCACCCACCCCCUGCCCCGAGCAUCCCUCUUAUAUCGGUGUUAUCGACACAGCCCUGUCCCCGUCGGCUGUUGUCGACUCGUGCGCAGGCUUUGUUGCCGAUAUCUGCGAGCUAAAGUAUGGUGUCCGCCCACACUGGGUUAUCGACGGCGAGCCCGACACGACCUUUGCGUUCGUCCCUAUGCACCUAGAGUAUAUUGUGACGGAGCUUCUUAAGAAUGCCUUCCGCGCAACUGUCGAAAGCGGCCGUAGCCGCGAGCCCGUCGUCAUUACCAUCGCCCCCGAACCUCCCGACACGGCGGGUCCCGCCAGCGUGACUCUUGAUCGCCCCACCGCAGACAAGGGCGCCUUUAAGAUUGACGCCAUCAAACCCCUUGACGACAACGCUCCUGGUGUCACUAUCCGCAUCCGCGAUCGCGGCGGCGGCAUUGCUCCGGAGGUCCUGCCCAACAUCUGGAGCUACAGCUUCACUACGUUCAGUGAAGAUGAAGCCGACGAAAUUCCCACUGGGGGCGGUCAUACCAGCGCCGGGGACAUGGCCAAUGAUGCGCUAGGAAUUAUAUCAGGGGCCAGCAGCGGUGGGAGCUCCAUCGCGGGCUUGGGCUAUGGAUUGCCGCUAAGCCGAGCCUACGCCGAGUACUUCGGUGGUGGUAUUGCCCUGCAAAGUCUCUACGGCUGGGGAACCGACGUAUAUCUACGGCUCAAGGGCGUAGGAAAGAUUGACGAUGCGAUAGCUCGAUCAUAGUGGUGCCGAUGAAGAUCAUCUUAUGUCAGAUGUUACUAUCACGCACAUGUAUGUAGGUACCUAGUACCUAUGUAUGCCUAGUAUGGGACUGAGUAUGUGCAUCUGGGUAAUUUAAAUUUCAGUAAGCCCAUAAGAUCAUACAUUAGUAUGUAAUUUGCAAAUAUGGAUGUAUCUACUUAGCACCUACCUACGUGCCUGUCUUGGUAAGGAGAAUAUAUCUAUGUAUCUAGGUACCUAGACCUUGAAGAGAAACAAAAUACAUCAUAGCAGUUGAGCGAUUAU